UAGGAAGGAAUGCACGAGGGGAAGUGUUGCGUGUUGCGUAAUUAUUGUCAUUAGGAUCUUCACUCGUCGUUUGUCUGCUUCUCGUUGCUGGAAACUGCGAGCAGCGCUUCGAAGCGACGCGGCGAUCAGUUUUUCUGUAUUGUUCUCUCGUUCCUCCGCAAAAAUACUUCUUCUAUAUUCAACGAUAACGAGUGAUACAUGCGUAUACAAACCGUCGACGACGGGAAGUUCUCUCGGAGGAGGACUAUUAUGUAAAUUAUUGGUAUACGAAUGGCUGUGAACGAAGCCGCCACAUCAAGCGAGAGGAUGCACAUACUUUCAUUGACUUUUGCUCUGCUUACAUAUACCGGCUACUGGCGACCGGUGCAUUGGCCGGUUAAUUCGAUUAAAUAUUGGAUGUAUAACUUUUACUCCGCCUUCAUGUUCACAUGGCUACAGUUGUUCGCUCUCUACGGACUAGCAGACAUUUUCCUGUCGACGAACAUGCAGGAAUUUGUAGACAGAUGUUUCCUGUACCCCUCGAUCCUUGGCGUUUUCAUCAAGAUAGUGUACAUCUUUAUGCAUCGUCAACAGAUCAUGGAUCUAGACAAGAUGCUGCUGAAAGAGGACUGCAUACCUCGAGACGCCGAUGAAGAGUCGAUUCAGCAGAAAUUUGACCGAAACGCAAGACAAAUCACGAUCGCUUGUGAACUUCUAAACGUAUCCAGCGCAUUUGUUCUGACCUUCGGGCAGUUCUUUCUGCUCUUGAAGAGGCGCACUUUACCGGUGUACCAUUGGGCGCCAUUUGACCUUUCGUCUACGGUCGUCUUCGUGCUUGUGCUGUUGUUUCAGUCAGUGGGUUUAUGUCUGUGCGCCAAUUCCAGCGUCGCGCAUGAGACUCUGAUCUCCGGCCUGAUGAUCCAAAUUUGCGCUCAAUUCAAGAUUCUGUGCCAUCGCGCUCACAUAUUGCCGAUAUUGCUGAUGCAAGCUGAGAAGGACGGCGGGUCGGAGCAGGAUCUGAGAGCGCGUGAGAAAUUGAUUAUGCGAGAUUUGAUACGGUACCAUCUUUACGUGUACAAAAUUGCAUAUACGGUCAAUGACGUUUUUGCAUUGAUCAUGUUCGUCCAAUUCUCUAUAAUCUCCUUUGUUCUCUGCUUGAGCGUCUAUAAAAUGUCCAACAUGACAUCGCUAUUUACGCCUGAAUUCGCGCAUCUCUUUUCUUACCUGGCUUCGAUGCUGACGCAGAUAUUUCUUUAUUGCUGGUACGGUAACGAGGUAACGCUGAAGAGCGCUGAAGUUUGCAAUGCCAUCUACGAAAUGAACUGGACAACAUUGAGAGUCCAAGUAAUGAAGGAUCUCACGAUAAUAAUGAUGUGCGCUUCUAAACCCUUCACGAUGUCAAGCGGUCACGUGGUGACUUUAACCCUCGAUUCCUUCAUGAGCAUCCUUAAAAUAUCCUAUUCGACGUACAACUUUCUGAAAGAUUCUUAGAUACAGUAGAAUAAAGUGUGUAGAAUAACGAAUAAUAGAUCGACUUCUUCGCAAACAUG